UGUCCCCUUCUUCUGUCCCUGGCUGCCUGGCAGCAGAGCCCAACCCCACCUGGCUACAGCCUCCCUGCAGGCAGCUGCAGGCAGCAAUGAGCUCUGCCCUGAGCCUCCUCUUCUCCAGGCUAAACAAGUUCAAGAUCACCCAGUUCCAACCCCCUGCCAUGGACACCUCCCACCAGCCCAGGUUGCUCAAGACCUCAUCCAGCCUGGCCUUGAACACUUCCAGGGAGGGGACAUCCACAGCCUCUGUGGGCAAUCUGUGCCAGCCUCUCCUCACCCUCACUGUGAAGAAUUUCCUCCUCCUCUCCAGACUUAGUCUGUGCUCCUCAAGCUCCAAUCUGUUGCCUCUCCUCCUGUCUCUACAAGCCCUAAGCCAUGGUGUGGAUGUGAGCCUUGAAGAGGCAGGCAGAGGCUUUGCUGCUUGGCCACAGAGAGGUUUUCUCAGCAGCAGCCCCUGCUUGGCUCCCACAGACCUCGGCUAAAGCCCCCAGAUUCUCCCUGGCACUGCUUGUCCAGAGCAAGAGCAGGCAGGGGCAGCAGUGAGGGCCUGAAGUGCAGGAGCAGGUCCAGAGGAGGGCCAGGGAGAUGAUCAGAGUGGAAGGGAAGCUCUGAGCGUGGGCAAGCAGGCUGCUGUGCAGCUGAGAGCUGGCAGAGGGCUUUGUGCCAGGGCUGGUUGGCUUCUCCCCUGGCAUGGCAGCUCCAGGCUCUGGCCAGCAGCUGCUGCAGGCGUGGGCACCGCAGGGCACAGCAGCCAGGGCAGAGAGGGACGAGUGUGCAUAAGCAGCUAGGGGCCAAGGAUACAGGGACUGGGAGAGGAGGGAACGAGCUCCAGAGCUCCCAGAGGGCUUGUUUGCAGUCCUGCUGCACCCUCAGCAGUGCCCCAGGUCCCUGCCUGCUGCUGUGCACCAGGAGCUGUGUCCUCUGGCACCAGCAGAUGCCACAGCAGGCAGGAUUUGCCUGCCUCUUCCCAGGCAGACACAACCAACACAUGGGGUGUCCCCUGACAGCAGCUGCCAGGCUGCCUGCAGCCUCGAAGUGCUUUCCUAGAAGAGGCAUUGCUCAGAGGGCACCCAGCUGCCCUUGCCAAAGUGAGUGCUGCCAGGCAUGGGCCCUGGCCAGCUGGCAAGGCAGCAGUGCCCCAGCAGUAAGCACCUGAGAGAAGCAGCAGCAGCAGCAGCCUGCCUAACCACAGCCAGCAGCAAACACUUCUGCCCACCAGCAGACAGCAGAGGCUUCACUAAGAGCCAGCAUUUCUCCCUUGGUACCAUGGGGCCUCCUCUCCCUGGGCACACUGGCAGAGGAUUAGGUUUGCUCAGGGCCAUGGGGCCUCCUCUCCCUGGGCACACUGGCAGAGGAUUGGGUUUGCUCAGGGCCAUUAGGGCAACAGAGCAGGAGCAGUGCCCAAGGGAAGGCAGAAGUGAUCUGAAGUGCCAGCAAGGGCUGCCUUGGCGAGCUGGCACCUGGGGCCGUGGUUUGGUGGCCUUGGUGUGUUGGGCUGGUGGUUGGACUGGGUGAGCUCUCAGGGCUUUGGUUCUGUGUUUGCUGCUGUGAGCUCUGCUGGGGACAUAAACUUGUGGAAGCAAAAAGAGGAGGAGCUGAAGGGCUCCACCUGGCAGCAGCAGUAAAAGCCCAAAGCCCCCAGGGUGAGAGCUGCUCAGAUGGCAGAGCAGAAGUGCUCAUCUCUGAGGAGCUACUCCAGGGUUACUACACCCUGUACUGCUGGUCACAUUGGGUGCUUCUGAGCAACCUGGGGCUGGUGGGAGAUGUCCUUGCCCACAGCGGUGGGCCUGGCACUGGAUGAUGUUCGAGGUCCCUUCCAACCCAACCUGUGCUGUGUGUCUGUGGUGCUGUGGUACCAGAGGCAGCCAGCAGACCAAGGGUGGCUCCCAGCAAGGAUCAGCUGCCAGGCAGUGUCUUGUGAGCAUUACCUUUCCUGAGCUGUUUGUCUGCUUUAUGAGGCAGCAGAGCACAAAUAUUCCAUCCUCUGCCUUCUGAGAGGUUUUGGUGCUUUGGCUUUUAUUCUCCCCCCCCUCUUUGCUGCUUGACUUUUAGAAGCUUUAAUUUGGAAUAGCCUUUACAUUUCCUCAUGUCUGUGAGUCUCACCUCUGUGCCACUGAGAGUCAAGGCACAUACCAGAGAAGCAGCUGGGCAGGAAACUUGAGGCCAUCUGCUCAGCAUUAAUUGCAUGUAUCCCUCAAACCCCCUAGCAUCUGUUUGGAUGUCUCAGGACACAUCUGCUGCACCACUGCAGAGGGAGGGCUUUGGUUUGGGCUUGGGGUGGUUUUCUUUGUCAGUCACUGAAAAUGGCCAAGCCACAAGCUGGUCAGACAGGCAAGCAAAGGCAUCUGGGCAGGCUUGGAGAGCUGGGGGCAAAGGGGAACCCAAAUGAGGUUCAGCAAGGGUAAGGGCAGAGUGCUGCGCCUGGGCAGGAACCACAGCAGGCACCAGGACAGGUUAGGGAUUGACCUGCUGGAAAGCAGCUCCCUGGAGAAAGACCUUGGGGUCCUGCUGGGCAGCAGGGUGCCCUUAGGGCACAUCAAGAGUGAGGUCAGGUCAAGGGAGGUUCUCCUGCCCCUCUGCGCUGCCCUGGUGAGACCACACCUGGAGUAUUGUGCCCAGUUCUGGGCUCCCCAGUUCAGGUUGUGCCAGGGCAGGUCUAGGCUGGAAGUUAGGAGGCAGUUCUUGCCAGAGAGUGAUUGGCACUGGAGUGGGCUGCCCAGGGAGGUGGUGGAGUGCCCAUGGCUGGAGGUGUUGCAGCCAAGGCUGGCUGGGGCACUUAGUGCCAUGGUCUGGUUGGUUGGGCAGGGCUGGGUGCUAGGCUGGGCUGGGUGAGCUUGGAGCUCUCUGCCAGCCUGCUGCAUUCUGUGGUUCUGUGAUCCUAAGAAGCACAGGGAAAUGUUAGAGAGUGUCCAGCAGAGGCCACCAGGGUGCUAAAGGGGCUGCAGCCUCUGUGGGGUGAGGGAAGGCCUGGGGCUGCUUAGCCUGGGGAGAGAAGGCUGAGAGGGGAUCUGAGCAGUGUUUGCAAGUGCUGGAGGGGGUGGAGGUCAAGAAGGGACAGGCUCUUUCUAAGGUGCCCAGUGACAGGGGAAGGGGCAGUGGACACAGAGGGCAACCCAGGAAGAGCCUACUCAACAUGAGAAGAAACUUCUGUGGUGUGAGGGUGCAGCCCUGGAACAGGGAGGGAGGGAGGGAGGAAGGAGGAUUUUUGCCCAUUUUCCUCGAUGUGCACCCAGUAGGAGGCAAGGACCAGCCCCCUGCCCCCCGAGAAGUGUCACUGUGAGCUUCCUUUUUGUGGCAGAGAUCCUUUCUCAAGGUCUUUGCUGCUGCACAUGGCAGGCUGCUUCCCACUGUCAGCUGGCUGAAGUGUGUGCUGAGUGCUGACAGCCAGGAUGAAGUCAGCAGCAAGUGGUGAUGCGAGAUGCUUGCUGGUGGCUGGAGAGCAGGACUGGAAGGCACAGAUUUGGGAGGCCUGAGCUUUCUCAGUGCUGCAGGGCAGGUGCAUCCCACAGCAGGCUUGACUGAGAGAAAUAUGGCAGCAGGUCUGUGCUGCCUGCCUGCCUGCCUGGGGUGACCCUGAGCCGCUGAGAGGACCCACGGAGGCUGGGCGGAGGGAGGAGGGAGGGGAGCCCCGGGCAUGGCUCUGACUGCAGCAUGCUGCAGCAGGCACCUGCACCCACACCUCCGGGGGUGGCUGGGGGAGGGAUGCUCCUCAGUCCCAUGCUCUGAAGAGGGAGUGAGGCCCAGAGGUGUGCUCCUCUGCUCGGGAGGCUUCCAGCUUCCUCCCGUGCAAAGAGCCUCUGCAGAGCCAAGCUGCAGCCUCACACUUGGCCCCAGCUGUAGGGCAAGUCCUGCUCUGGGGCUGAACUGCACAGCUGCUGAACAGCCACCACUGCUGCUGGCACCAGACUGGGCAGCACUGAUCUGCUGGAGGGUGGGAAGGCUCUGCAGAGGGGUCUGCCCAGCCUGGAUCUGCCACUGAGGUUAGCUGGAGGAGGCUCCACCAGGCCAAGUGCCAGGUCCUGCACUGGGGUCACAACAAGCCCAGGAGCACUCCAGGCUUGGGGCAGAGUGGCUGGAGACUGCCCAGCAGAAAAGGGGCUGGGAGUGCUGGUUCACAGCUGGCUGAGCAGCAGCCAGCAGAGUGCCCAGGUGGGCAAGAAGGCCAACAGGCAUCCUGGCCUGGCUCAGCAGGGGUGUGGGCAGCACAGGUGGGGCAGUGAUAGUGCCCCUGUGCUGGGCACUGGUGAGGAACCCUGGAGUCCUGGGCUGGCUUUUGGGCCCCUCACUCCAAGAGGGACCCUGAGGGGCUGGAUGGUGUCUGGAGAAGAGCAGUGAAGCUGCUCCUCUGCAGCUGUAUGUUGAAGGAGUUUAUGGAACCCACAGCCCAGAGAUCCUGGGCCCCUGGGGGCCAAGGAGGGGGCAGUAGGGGACAAGAGGACAAAGCCUGGGCAAAGGCAGAAGUCAAGCAGCAGUGCAGAGUGUCCAUGAGUGAGAAGGGGGAAGAGGAAGGCUCCUGUGAGCCUCUGCCUGGAGACCCAGCGGGGCUGGUGCCAGCUCUGGCAAGGCUUGGAGCUGAGUGUGCUUUGCACAGGUAGGGAUGAGACUUCACUCAGGCGGGGGGCAGGGACAUUAUCUGUGGGUAGAGCUGGGAGGGCCAGCAGAGAGAGCAAAGCUUUGGUUGUCAUCAGCUCCAGUGAGCAGCUGCACUCCCAGGCUGCAGGGGAGCAGGAAGAAGCCCCUGGGGAUGAGGGCAGAGACAUCAUUUAACCUGCAGCAUCACCACAGCCCAAGCAGAGGGGCAGGGCUGGCUUUAGCACACAGCCCAGCACCUCGGCUGGCCCUGCUGGCCCUUAUCUGCCUCACGCCGCUGGGCAGGGACCAGCUCUGCUCAUCCUCCCCUGGGGGCACAGGCUGGGAGCUUUCCGGGGCUGCCGCUGCUGGCUCCAGCAGUACACCUGCUGGGCUCUGCUGCUGCAGAAGCGAAGAUCCUGCUGUGCAGGGCAGGAUGAGACCCAGCCAGCCCAGCUACAGCCCUCUGAACGGGGGCAGAAAGGCCCCGCGGAGGGCAGAGGUGAGCCUGACCCUGCAGCCCUGGCACAGCAGGGGACUCCUGUGCUCCUCUGCAGCCAGGCUGAAGUGGGGGUGCCACAGAGCCAGGCUGAAGUGAGGGAGCUGCAGAGCCAGGCUGUGGCACUUUGUGGGGAGCAAACUCGUGUGCUUUUCUGAAGUGAGCUUUCCCCACUGGCUGGUGCCCUGAGGGCACAGCCCCUGGCACUCUGCACGCUGAGGAUGAUAAGUCAUAGAGUGCAUUGGGUUGGAGGGGGCCCUAGAAGGUCAUUUUGUCCACCCCCUCCUCCCUGCGGUGAGCAGGGACUAGGUCAGGUUGCUCAGGGCCACAUCAGGCUUGACGUUGAAUGUCUCCAGGGGUGGGGCCUCCAGCACAUCUCUGCCUCCAGCACACCUCUGCCUCCAGCACCUCUGCCUGCAGCACUCCUCUGCCUGCAGCACUCCUCUGCCUGCAGCACUCCUCUGCCUCCAGCACAUCUCUGCCUCCAGCACACCUCUGCCUCCAGCACCUCUGCCUGCAGCACUCCUCUGCCUCCAGCACGUCUCUGCCUGCAGCACUCCUCUGCCUCCAGCACAUCUCUGCCCCCAGCACAUCUCUGCCUCCAGCACUCCUCUGCCUGCAGCACUCCUCUGCCUCCAGCACGUCUCUGCCUGCAGCACGUCUCUGCCUCCAGCACCUCUGCCUGCAGCACUCCUCUGCCUGCAGCACGUCUCUGCCUCCAGCACUCCUCUGCCUCCAGCACGUCUCUGUCCCCAGCACAUCUCUGCCUCCAGCACUCCUCUGCCUCCAGCACUCCUCUGCCUCCAGCACUCCUCUGCCUCCAGCACGUCUCUGCCCCCAGCACGUCUCUGCCUCCAGCACUCCUCUGCCUCCAGCACAUCUCUGCCUCCAGCACAUCUCUGCCUCCAGCACUCCUCUGCCUCCAGCACUCCUCUGCCCCCAGCACCACUUCUUCACUGCUGGCUCCGGCAGGAGCGGGCAGGGGAAGCUGCGGCGCCGCACACGACUGGGCUGGCAGCCCAGCACACAGAGCCUACCUGGGCAACCACUGGCAUCGGCUGCCAAGAGCAGGACAGGCCCCAGCAGCCACAGCCCACUCCCAGCAUUGCAUUCCUGGUAUUCCCUUAUCACUUUGUUGCUGGAAUUGAGAUGCUAAUCUGGAGCUAUCGCUGCUGCGCCGAGCGCUCACUCCCUGCACCAGCAGCUGCGUGGGUGGCAGGAUGGGGAGCAGGGUUGAAGCAUGCCCUGGGAAGGCCCUGUCACGGUGGCCCUGUGCCAGUUGGAGGUUCCCACCAGCUGCAAUCGAUCAGCAGGGAGAGGGCUUGGGAGACACAGGCUGUGGGGUGUGACUCUCAAGCCCUUCUGGAGCCUGCCCUCGCAGUGCACACCUGUGUCCCGGUGACUGUGCCCCACUGUGAGGCCUUGAGCCACCCAAGGCUGCAGGACAGAAGUGACUCUUGCCCCUUUUCAAGACCUGCCACUGCCAGACCUGCUCUGCCACCUGGGAGCAGCAAAGUGCAGAGCAGAGCUGACCAGAGCUAGAAUCUGAAGUAUUCAGCUUGCAUUUUGCACUUAGCAAAGGUAUCAGAGUGCAGCAAAGCACAGGACCACAUCUGUGAUUGGUUGGAAGGGACCCUGGUUGGAAGGCACCCUCCAAAGCCAUCUUGGCCAACCCCCCCCUGCAGUCAGCAGGGACAUCUUUAGCUCAGAGUGCUCAGGGCUCCAUGGAGUCUGACCUCAGAUGUCUCCAGGGAUGCAAUCUCCAUCCCAUCACAGCUCCACCACACCACAGUGAAGGAAAUCCCAUGGGAAUGAGCAUUUCCCCACCUCUGGGUCGAAGGAGGGAGGUGCUGCUGUGCCAUGUGAGAGAGGUUGUAGAGCUGCCUUUUGGAGCUGCUCUGGAUCGACUCCAGAUCUGGAUUCACACUGGGUUACAGACUAGCCCAGAGCAGUGGGCUCUGGCCCAGCUGGGCAGGCUGCUCGUGGGACACAGAGUCCUUCCCUCCUGGGUCACUGAAUCAGCCCAGAGCAGCAGUGGCCAAACGUUGCUGCAGCCUAAUAGCUGUGUAAUAAGCUCUGAGAAGAGAACCUGGAAGUCCUCCUCCUCCACCACCUCCUGUUUCAAUUACAGCAGCCUUUGUUGGCUGUCUCAGCAAAACAGCUCAGCACUGCAUGCUCCCCAAAGUGGGGGCUGCCUGGAGAAGUGGGGGCAGGUGGCAGCCAAACCUCCCUUCAGGUAGCUGUUGAGAUCAGUGAGCUCUGCCCUGAGUCUCCUCUUCUGCAGGCUGCACACUCCCAGCUCUCAGAGCUCAUUGAGGCUGUAGCCAGGUGGGGUUGGGCUCUGCUGCCAGGCAGCCAGCACCAGAACAAGGGGACACAGCCUCAAGCUGUGCCAGGGCAGGUCUAGGCUGGAUGUUAGGAGGAAAUUGUUGUCAGAGAGAGUGAUUGGCAUUGGAAUGGGCUGCCCAGGGAGGUGGUGGAGUGCCCAUGGCUGGAGGUGUUGCAGCCAAGGCUGGCUGGGGCACUUAGUGCCAUGGUCUGGUUGGUUGGGCAGGGCUGGGUGCUGGGUUGGGCUGGCUGAGCCUGGAGCUGCUGGACUCUGUAAUUCUGUGAUUUUGAUCUUGGCCCAGUGAUGAAAACAAAUCCCUCUGAAGGGUUUGCAGCUCCAGUGUGAGGGAGGAAGGACAAUGCUGCUUUCAUCCUGCUUCAUUUUGGGUUUGGCCUUCUUUUUGAUCCUUCCUCUCCCAGUGUCAGCUCCAGUUAGCUGGCCCAAAACAGCCAAGCCCCAAAGUGACCUCGAAGCAGCUUCCUGGUGGUUGUUGGGGCUUUUUUCUGCCUUCCCGGGAGGAAUAUUUUCAUCUGUCUUUCUGGGUGUGGACAGAAGUUUUGGCAGCACUUUGCUGAGCCCAAGCCUGGCUUGUGACUCAUGCAGCAGCCAGGCCAGCACACCACACUGCCUGCAGGGCACUGUGCAGCUCACAGCAGCAGAUGGCAUCAGCUGGGGGCUGCCUGCUGCGGGCACUCACCAGAGCCCUGCGGCUCCAUCCCCGCUGAGCCGCCAGCAGGAGUUGGAGCUGUUCAGCUUGGAGGGGAGAAGGCUCUGGGAAGAGCUUAGAGCAGCCUUCAGGUGCCGAAAGGGGGCUGCAGGAGAGCUGGGGAGGGACCUGGGAUAAGGGCUGGGAGUGCCAGGACAGCUGGGAGUGGAUUGAAGCUGGGGGAGAGAGGACUGACAGUGGAGAUGAGGGAGAAGUUCCAUACAGUGAGGGUGGCACAGGUUGAGGGUGCUGAGACCCUGGCACAGGUUGAGGGUGGUGAGACACUGGUAC